GAAGCCAGAAAUUCGCCCUCUCAACCCUCUGCAUGUUCUCAGCCUCACAGUUGGUUCAUUUGGAGCUUCCUCGGAUUCCCAGUUUUCUUCUCUCUGUAUUGUUCAGCGAAUGUUUGAGUGCUGGAAUUCCGUCUCUAUCCCAAGCUGUUUUGGAAAGAGGUCCCUCGAACCGUGAAGCUUGGAGCUUGGAGAUUGGGUGCUUUGGGGAUGGCGUGUUUAGCCGUUGAGAGGGUGGCCGUUGCGGGCGCCGUAGCGUCCUCGCACGGAGCGAAUGCACCAGUGGUUUCAUCAACCGGCGCGGCGUCGUUGAGGGUGGCGGGGUGGUCGUCACAACGUGGGUCGCUUAGCCGGGUGCGCAGUGUGAGUGGGCCGUCGACAAGGACUGAGACGAAGAGGUUUGUCGGACGACGAGUAUCGUCAGGGGCGCCACUGGUGUGCAGGAGCGCGGUGAGUCCGUUGUCGGAUUCCAAUGGCAAUGUGUCGGAGUUUGAGUCUGAAGAGGAGUUCAAUACAAUUCUGAAGGAUGCCGGAGAUAAACUGGUCGUUGUGGAUAUUUCCACGAAAACAUGCGGACCUUGCAAGAUGAUCUACCCGAAGCUGGUGGAGAUGAGUCUCGCUUAUCCUGAUGCGGUUUUCCUAAAAAUUAACGGGGAUACUAAUGCCAAUACCCGGGCUUUGAUGCGAAAGUGGGCAGUAAGAGCUGUUCCCAGCUUCAGAUUCUACCGAAAUAAAAAUUUAGUUCACUCGCACACUGGUGCUAAGGUAGAGGAGCUCAAGACCCGAUUUGCUGAACAUUACGGGCAGCCGGCCAAUGUGUAGACACUGAUAUUUUAUACGCUUAUCAAAGCACCUAUGAUUAAUGUACAGUGCGAACAAUUUGGACGGCAGAAAGUAGACUUAUCCACAUCAACUUGUCGACUUUACAUAGCUUCACAGUAGUGAAUGUAUUUAGCAUGCAAUGACAAAGGUCAUGUUAAUUUAUGCUGCGAGACAGUGGCCAAGGGUGAUUGAAGGCACUCGACCCCGGAUGCGUGCCUCAUGUAUUCAUUACUCUUGUCCACUCAAUGCCUUCAAUACUUGCAAAAAUCUUAUGCCUCCCAUCUGCACCAA